UUGGGGUACGUGAGGUGGGCAGUUCUUGGGGUUGGUGGCUGGCGGGUGCUGGGCUCCGUAUCGGGGCCACAGGGGUGGAUUUGGGCUGUGGACCCAGGGUUUUUCCUGUCCCCCUCGCACAGGGAGAGCCAGGUGGAGCUGCGGGAGCACAUCGACAGCCUGGCCACAGAGCUUUGCCGCAUCAACGAGGACCAGAAAGUGGCGCUGGACCUCGACCCCUAUGUGAAGAAGCUGCUGAACGCCCGGCGCCGCGUGGUGCUGGUCAACAACAUCCUGCAGAACGCCCAGGAGCGGCUGCGGAGGCUGAACCACAGCGUGGCCAAGGAGACGGUGCGGAGGAGAGCCAUGCUGGAGGCCGGGGGCUACCAGGGCAAGUGACCAGCCAGGGGAGCAGGUGACAGCCAGGGGAGCAGCAAUCCCCGUAUAUCCCAGCUCAGGAAUUGAGGGGGUGUCCCCCAUCACCUGCAGCUGAGGGACCCGGGACGCUCCGAGCCGUGCUCCCGGAUUUGUGGGCACUGGAAUAAAAGUGACUGAGAGUC